AUGGACCGCUCACGACAGGACGCUUUUGCAAAGCUGCGCCCCCCUUGCGUGGAACUCAGCUCCGUAGGGCUUAAAUUUCGAGCUAACCUUGCGACCUCCAAGGAUGUACUCAAGGCAUUGAAACCACUGCAUGCUGCGGUCAUCGAGGUUGCCAGUAUGCAUGGCUUAGAUGAGAAACUUGCAGAGUACACAUUUUUCCCUCUAUCGCACAUAUUCAAUGAGACCCAAAGGGUCUCGGUCCACUGCCUAGAGCUGGCCGUGCGGUGCCUACAGAUUCUGAUAGAGAAAGGAUGGCGUCAAAAUAUUUCUAUUCCGAUGGGAAAGCAGCUGCUUAUCCUCCUUACCAUUGUGGGUGGUGGUGUUCCCAGUCAAGGUCAAGACCAGCAGAGGCCUGAUUCGGAAGAGUUAGUUGUCGCCGCAUUCGAUUGUAUAGGAAGCGUGUGCCAGGUCCUAAAUGGGCCAGCAGCUGCAUCAGCCGUAUUCAAUGAAGUGGGAACAUCCACUAUCAUUGAUCAAACUGUCUAUGUUUUACUGGAAGGUAUCACGGACGGUAGUUCUGAUCAGGUCCAACUGGCUGCAGCAACGGCUUUACGGACCUUAAACACGCGCAUCACCCAUCGUGUGGUGUUGGCUAGCCUUUUACCCAGGAGUGUCUCUUCAUUGACCAAAGCUCUGCGGCCAACCACUCAAAUGCGGCGAUCGUACAAAGUUUUGUGUUGUUACCUCCAAGCGCUCACAGAAAUCUUGAAGGCUGUACUUAAUGAUGCUGAUGUUGCAGCUUCAAAAGCCGAAGGAGAAGAUGCUACGAACCGAAAAGGCAAAGACGUUGUAGUCCUCGAUGAUUCGUGGCUAAAUGCGACAGCAUCCCAAGUAAAGCUUGCGCUAGGAAACGUGAUUCGGCUGAGAACCCAUGAAAGACCUGAGGUUCGCCAUUAUUUACUCGAAUUAUGCCUCAUGAUCAUUGAGCGAUGUCCGAGCUCCCUCGCAGCCUCACUGUCGAUGAUGGUAGACACUGUCGUAGUUCUCGCUGAAUAUGACAAGCAAAAUACGUCAAGUGAAGCUUAUGUAGCUUUAAAACAUCUCGUCAUCUCAUCUGGCCCGGUCUUGGAUCUUCUCAAAUCAAGCAUGCACACGUGGAUUAUUGCAUUACCGAGAAUGAUGCAAUCAAACAACGAUACAGCCAAACAUAGGGCAAUUAGACAAAUAUCGACUGCGUUCCAUGUCCUAUCCCAAACUCAACCAAGCUCGGAUAUUUUAGAUGACACACUCGCUACAAGCUUGUGCGAUAGUGUUUCUGCCGCAAUCCAAACCAUUUCAACAGCUCCUCAACCCCUACCCAGUUCUUCUGCCACAGGGUCCGAGCUCAGUAUUUCUUUGGAUGAGAGCAAUUCCCUAUCAUUCCAACCUGUGCUACUAGAACACCGCAGCCAACGAAGAACGCUGUCAGAGCUCCAAUCUAUGAUUUCGGAACUUAGCGCCGCAGAUAAACCUCUAUCAAUAGUGCGUUCGAUGUUAAAGAAAGUAAACGGAUCGUCUAGCGAUGCCGUCUUGGCUCCUUUUUGGCUUACCCUCUCAUUUAUAAAAAGUAUUCCAGCAGAUAUAGCAUCACUGGAUGACAUGCUUGAUCUGGAUUCUGACUCGCCAUCUCGCGCUGCUAUUGUCGAGGAGCUAUACUCAAUUUCACUUCCGCUACUAUCAAGUUCUAAUCCUCCAGAUUGGCGUCUCCCUGCGUUAGCUCUUGAAGCUGUAGCACUUCAGGCACAGCAGCUUGGUGGAACGUUUCGACCAGAAUUGAUUGACACCUUAUACCCUGUGUUGCAGUUGAUGGGCUCCAACAACCCUAACUUGCGAAAUCACGCUAUUACAUGCCUCAAUGUCUUGACUAAGGCGUGCAAAUAUCCGAACGCAAGUGCAAUGCUUGUCGAAAAUGUUGACUACCUAGUGAAUUCGGUGUCUCUGAAGUUAAAUACGUUUGACAUAUCGCCGCAAGCUCCCCAAGUGCUACUUAUGAUGGUUAAGCAAUGUGGAGCUAGUUUAAUUCCUUACCUUGAUGACUUAGUUGGGUCGAUAUUUGCAGCUUUGGAUGCUUUCCAUGGCUAUCCUAAGCUAGUUGAACUUCUGUUUUCUGUGUUGGGAACUAUUGUGGACGAAGGUGCAGAGAAACCAGCACUACUAGCCAUCACAGAGUCAGAUGGGAAAGAAAUCGUCAAUCAUCGGAAGAGGCCUCUCGCAUCCCGCACCAUUUCGGAUGUUGCAAAACUUUUCAAAGGGCGCAGGGAGAAAUGCGCUCGAGUUUCUGAAUUUGAAAUGGAUGGUGACUCGGAGCGAAAUUUUUCAUCCCAAACGUCCAUGGACUUCUCAAAAACAUGGUCCUGA